UGGUAGCUAGGCGAUUAUGUACACUAUACAUGGUUGUUUCGGUCUUAAUGCUUUAAUUCUCUUUAAACAGGUGUCGAUUUCCUUGUAAUUAGCAAUAUUAAGCGGAUUCAACCUUUCGAACGUUUAAAACAAUAGAUAGUUUGAAUCAUUUGCAUUUAGUCUCGCAAAAACGGGUUUUCAGUGUAAACAAAUACAAGUGUAAAGUAUGGAUUAAAUAAUACAUAUUUGCACUCCAUUUAGUGUAACUUGCUCAAAGUAGGAAUACACAGAUUAAGAAAUUUAACAAAAUAUGACGAGUGUGCCAAUUCAAAGGGCCGUAUCGGCAUCGAGUCCGGUUGGGACACCAGGACGGCUACCCAACUUACCGGUGAUUGAACAUCCAAUGUCCAGAUUAGGGGACAGAAAUGACUUAGCAGUUAGAGGGUCUGCAACCUACGCUGGAGGUCGGAAAGGGGACCUAACUCCACGUGGUUUGCAAAGAAGCAAUACUGAUGUUGGAACUAGGAACAGAGAAGGUGGUGCGAAUGAUCUAAGAAAAAGUUCCCCGGAUAGAAUUCUUAACUGGCCACCAGACCACACAACAUAUAGAACUAGAUCACACCAAGCUGUAGAGCUGUCACCACCUUUCAAAUACAAAGAGAAGCCAUAUGAAGGUAUUUUGCCUGAGAUAAAUCCAGCAGCAGAAGAUAGAGGAGACAUACCGGACAAAGUCGACAAAUUCCCAAGAGUUGGACAGAUACCGAAAUUACCCCCCUUGCCAAGCAUAUCAGAGCAAGAAGAGUUCUUGAAAGGGCCAGGAAAACCGUUCAUCAAAAGCAAGGAGUACAAUUAUCAACCGCGGACAACACAAGAGUUGAUUGAGCUAAUACGGGAGAAGUUUGGCACUGGGUAUUAUGGCAUCCGACAUUUGUUUAAAUCUAAUGACCCGACUGGAAAAGGAGCAGUGUCCAGAGAGGCUUUACAAAGGAUAUUGUACACACUGUGUGGUUACAUAACACCUGACCAGUAUACAAAACUACUCAGAGCAAUGAAUUUAGAAGGCAAAACUCCUAUUCCAUUUGAAACAUUUGUCCAAUACUUUAAGGACACUGAGGACAAAAAGAACUGGGUGAGUGCACUACAAACAGCCAGCUUGCAUUCAUCAGAGACCCAUGUACCAGAGGGUUACCUAAGACGCGGAGAUAUGAGGGUUCAUGAUCCUUACACUUCCAUGCCGUUCUCUGACGCCAUAUUCAAAGAAAAAUGCAAAUCAAAACACUUCGAUGCACAUAGGGUAUUUCCAGCAUCAGUGUUUGAGACCAACGGUCUUAUACUUCCACCACAACUACGAGAGGCCUAUGCUACUUUAGGCAUUUACAUGACAGAUGAUGACUUUAAUAAACUAUGGCAGAGGUAUGACAAGGAAGGGACCGGGGCACUUCAUACAGAACAUUUCUUCCGCUUAGUUGGUUUGGACUCCCAAGGGCGCCCUCGACAGACAGCACCCUACACACCGCGCGGAGCUGCAUAUCCAAAAUCGAAACAGCGGCCUCAUUCCGAAAUAGGUCACACAGAUGGCAUUGACACGUCUAUGGAACUUCAGAAAAUUUUGAAGAAAGAAGGUGUCGAGGAAAUGCCCAAAACAGACAGACAAAGGAUUGAAGUACCAACAGCUAAAGAGGAAUCUGAUUCUGCUAAAGAGGAAAUAAAACCUGAGGAAGACACAGGGAGAAAAAUUGAAAUAAAAAAGACACCAAAAGCAUCACCAAAACUUGAUAAUAUUAUAGACUGUUUACACUAUAAGUUUGAAGAGUCGUAUCAAGCUAUGCUUACAGCUUUCCUACUGUUUGACUUCCUUAACGAUAGCUAUGUGUCAAAGAUAGACUUUAGACGCGUUCUCCUGGAAUUUGGAUUUUUCAUUUCACCAUCUGAACUAGAUCAUUUUCUGAAAAAGAAUGGUAUGCGAGCUAUUAAAGGACAACUCAAUUAUCGCGAGUUCUUGAAUAAGUUCCAGAGUAAAUCCUUAAACAGUAUCAUGGCACGGACUGCUGUAGACACAACACACCCAUUCCAUGGAGAAGGAUCAAACGGAUCGACGACUUUAACGGCUGAUGCUUUAGAAGCCAGACUGCUCGAUCAUUUCCAUGGAGAUUUUAUUAAAAUGCUCGCACACUUCAGGCAAUGUGACAAGUACAAUAUAGGCAUGGCAACUAAGCACGAGUUUCGUGCUGCCAUAGAGAAAAGACUGGGAUAUUCCAUGACAGAAAUGCAAUGGGAACAACUCAAAGCAACUGUUGGCGAAGAUAAAGACGGUCUUAUACCCUACACAAAAUUCCUGGAAUUCUUUGAUAUUACCCCUGGUUCAUGGAAUUUUAAACAAGAAGGUAAUAUACAAGUAGCGCAGGUACCUGCGUCUGAAAUGCCGAUACCUGUACAAGUAGAAAGGUUAAAAGACAGAGCAAAAACAGAAAUGAUACCACCGCCACCUCCUCCACCUGACAGUGCUGCUGGCAAAAUACGAUCUCUUGAAGAAGAUAAUAGACGAAAGGCAAAAGCGAUAAAAACUAGAAUUGACGAGCUGUUCAAAAACAGAUUCCAUUCAUUCGACAAGCACUUCAAAGCAAUGGAUAGGCGGAUGACUGGAAGGAUGAGCAAGUGGCAAUUUGGCGCUCUAUUAAAAAUGUGCGGCUUAUCAUUGCAUCCGCAGGAACUUGACAGAAUCUGGGCAACGCUGAAUGUAUCUACUGACGGCAUGUACAGUUAUAGCACACUUAUACAGCAUUUUAUAAACUAUAAAAUUCCACAUGAACAAAAGGAAACAGUUAUAUUUGAAAAUAUGUUUAAUGUUGAUGAGGCUGAGGAGAUAUGGUAUGAUUCGUCAGAAGACACCAAGGAACUUGUAGAAACUGCCCGCCGUAUUCAGAGAGAGAGACGAGAAGAGCAAAUGAAACGCGAUCAUUUGGCGCGACAGAAGGCCAGAGAAAACAAUGAAGAAUGGAAACCGGAACUACCAACAUAUCCAGACAAAGACAGUCCACGUGCAGUGACUGCAUCUACCACUAUAUCACAUGCUUCAGUUCCGAGUAUUCCGGCGUCACGUGCAUCGUUUGCAAGUGUACAAAGUUCCCGGACUAAGUCACUUCUAGUCAAAAUACGUACUGAUGUUAUCAACAACUGGGAAGGGUUAAAAUCCGUGUUCAAAUAUGUAGACCGAAACGGCAGUGCAUCUAUUCCUGUGAAUGAAAUGCGGGAGAUAAUGUCAAGUAUGCAGUUCAGUUUGGAUGAGGACGAAAAGGCGGAGCUUUGUAAACGAUUUGAUUCACAGAAAAAUGGAAGGUUUAACUACCUUCAGUUCAUGAAAUGUUAUGCGCAGCGUAAGAAUAAAGAGAACCAGCCAAAGGCACAGAUCUACAGCAAAUUCACCCAUCAACUCCAAGCACAGACAUUAAUCAAGGGCAAACACAGGAGGCCGACUGUUCAACAAGUUAUUGAAAUGAUGUGUGAGAAGCUGUUCAGAGAACAUCGCACAUUAAGACGCGCAUUCAAGAAGCUUGAUCAGGGACAUAAAGGUUAUCUGAACAUGAAAGACUUCCGGAAGGCACUCAAAGAAUGUAAUAUCAACUUCACAAACGAGGAUUUCUACCAUCUACUCACUGAAUUUGACCAAAAUAUGGACGGGAAGAUAUCUUACGAACUGUUCUUAAGGACAAUGCUUACAGUUUAAAUGUUGAUGUAUGAUAUAAGCAAUAUGGCCAAAUAUCUUACUGAUUUUUACUGCCAAACUACCAUUGUAUAAAUUGUUUUUAAAUUCACGAUACCACUAUUUUCUGUGGUAAUUCUCAUACUUUGUAUUUGUUGUGAUUUUCAGGAGGGUCAGGGCAAUUUUUCUUUAGUUGUCCCUUGUUUCCCAUGUAGGCAACUUUGCCAUAUCAUUACGAAAUACUGAAAAUACUAACCACUGAGUAAUAGCUGUUAUAGGGGUCUUUUAUAAAUAUGGACUAAUAAACCAUGACAUUAUUAGAGUGUGUAAUAACUUUUACAACUGUUGAUAAUAUAUUGAUAUCAAUUGCAUGAUUUCGCACUGUCCGAGGGUGGUCGUAUUGGCCAAGGCAGACUGCCAGAGGACAAAUAAUAUGACCAAUAUGAAAUCACUUCAUAAAUGAUAAUCUUAUUAUUGAACACCGUAUUUUCCCCUGAAUUUAUCCAAUCAAAACGCUUUCAUCCCAUAUUGGCCUUGUUUUCUGGUAUUCGUAUUGAUCCUGAUUUUCUCGUACUGACUCAGUUGGCUCAAUCUGUUUCAUAUUAUAUAUAAACAGUUUAUCCAAUAUUGCAUAGUUGAAUAAUAAAGUAAUAUAAUGGUUUCAAACAACUAUGUAAGGUACAGAUGUGAUACAGACAUGGUCACAAUCAUACCUGCAUGUUCUGGAGAGUCAAACAGUGGCCAUUAUUUACAAGCAAGUUCACUGCAAUGGUUUAUAUUGAAUAUGAAACUUCUGUGGACCCGAGAGUCAAGUGAUAUCAGACCACAUGGAUUUGAAAACAGAAGUAACUGUACCAGAAUAUAACAUGGCUCUGAUCACACAUAGUAAGAAAGAGAUUGAAUACAUUAGUUUUGUAAGAAUUGUAUGUUUCAAGGCAGUCUACUGAUAAAUAUAUUUCUUUAUGUGUGUCUUCAGUAUUAUUAUAAAUGAAAAUCAAAGUAAACAGGAAAAAAACUAAUUACGCAAUAUAUGACAAAAUAUGGCAUUUACACACUUGUUAUUAAUGUUCACGCCUUGCAUUUAUCUUAUGUUAAGCUUGAUAUGUAUCUUAUCAUCAUGGUAUAUUUUUGUCUUUAAUAAUCUGUAAAAAGUGAAAUAAAGUUGAGGGUAUCCGCAUGAAAGACUGCUUUUCUUAAAGAAAAACUCUUUAAGCAGACAUUGUAUGGCUCAGGCUUUAUCCGUAACCUUUCAGAGCCACCUAAAAGUAAAUGAAGAGCUUUGUAUAGCUUAAGAGACAAAGAUCAAACGUUUUCAUUGACGAUUUCACUACAGGCAGUACUAGACAAACUAACAGUCCACUCGCGGACAAGCGCAAAUCUAUAAACAUUGUUACGUUCAUUAAUCACCUUUAAACAUCACAACAUAAUGGUGUUUAAAGGAUAUAUGAUUUUUUCUGUUUAAUGUUUGGUAGGAGGACAACUGUAUUCUCUUACAAAAUGUUACAAAAACAGUUGUGCACGUGUGUGUCCUGGCUUAUAUACAGAAAUUAUAAAACACAAUCAUACUUCUUAAACUGUUCACAGUUUUAUUUUAUUCAAAUAAUUUUAUAGGCAAGUUAAACAUUUAUGUUUAGAUGUUGCAUGAUUAUCAGUGCAUCUAGUGCUUUUUAUAUAACUGUGAGAAAGCAGAAAAUGCUGUGAUGUUAUUGCAGUUAAACAGUACAAUUUGUACAGGAAAAUUUUAUUUUUUGUUAUGUUUCAUUGUUAUUUUUAUGAAGAGUUUAAGUUAGUGUAUCCUUAUAGUAGGAGGGCUCUCACACUAGAGAUUCAUUUUGAACUUGUUUAUCUACUGAAAUUUACUAAAUUUACAUAAUUUAUGCAUAAUCAUUAUUGUUUAGGGUUACCUGUAUAAUAUGCACCAUAAUGUAAGGUCUAUUUUGAAUUAGAAUACAAACUCCUACAGCCCAACUUGUGUAGGCAAACAAAAUUUGUGCGGUGUAAAUACAUUUACAAAAACUACAAUGGAAAAAACUACAAGAGAACAUUUUUGUCUAUAAUAAGAAUAAAUAUGAGAUUAUACGAGAAUAAAUAACAGAUGCUUAUUAUCUUAAAAGAUAUAUCUACAACUGCAGAAGAUGGCUGUAGUUCAGUUGUUCAUUUAGAAUUUGUUGAUCAGGCUGUGAUUUUACCAAAGACCCUUGGAGACAACUCUGUGAUACUUUAUUUAUUAUUACAGAAAUAAAUUAUCUGUUUCAAACUACA